UAGGCAGUUCCUGUCCGAUUUCCUGCACGAGCACCUGCGGAGCCAUGGCGGCUGCAAGGGCAGCGGCGGGGUUGUUAGGGAUUUACUCUCGGCGAUUUCUUGGGGCGGCACGGAGGGUGCCGGCUGUCGCUUCUCUCCGAUGGACCUCCACCACCACCGGAGCCGUGGUCGCCCCGCCAGCGGUGGAAAAACGACCCCGGGCACCGGAGGUGUCCUGGCGAGAAGACCCAGAAUCAGAAGAUAUCAACCUUUACGAGAAGAACCCAGACUCCCACGGUUUUGAUGAAGACCCUGUCACAGACCUUUGGAACAUGAGAGUCGUGUUCUUCUUUGGCGUCUCUGUCGCCAUUGUCCUAGGCUCCACCUUUCUGGCUUAUAUCCCUGACUACAAGAUGAAAGAAUGGGCCCGGAGGGAGGCAGAGCAACUGGUGAAGCUAAGGGAAGCCCAGGGCCUUCCCCUUAUGACUUCCAACUAUUUUGACCCCAGCAGAGUUAUUUUGCCUGAUGAUGAGGAAUAAAGUAAACCCCAGCCAUGAAUAAAGUGAUUCUGAUUCUGUUGG